AUGAAUAUUCUGUUUUUAAUGGAUACAUCCUCGUCGAUGAAUCAAUUAACAACCAAUGGCAUGAAAUUAAUAGAUAUUGCCAAAUAUUGCGUUGAACACUUUAUCAAAACCCGACAAAAACAUCUUCAUCAGCACCAAAAGAAGGACAAUUAUUUGUUAGUAACUUCGGGACAAAAAGUUGUGGUAGGAUGGAAAGACAGUGCUGAUAGUUCCAUCUUCUUACAACGAUUAAAAUCACUCAAAGCCAAUGAUCUCACCGAAAUUGGUCCCUCUUUGAAAAAGUGUUUUGAUGUGUUGAAUCAAUAUCGUCUUCAGAAAUCAGUGGACCAUUACGGAAUGGGACGAUAUGCGAGUGCUGCAGAAAACUCGGCAAUCAUUCUCAUUACGGAUGGAGAACGAUUAACACAUUCCUAUAAUCCGUACUUGAGUGCUGCUGAUCAGAGGCAGGUAGCCAUUGAUUCAAAGACAAGUUUUGAUGUAAACAAGUUGACCUUGCCCAACCCACAUACAUAUUCGACCAAGUUGACGGAGGAACCAUUUCGAUGGGACCAACGAGUGUUCAGCAUUAUUUUACAAUUUCAAGCAGUUGGUACAACUUUGACAACCAUUUCUCCCUCUGCCUCAAUACAGCCCUCAGCACUCAAUCAACAACAACAGCAAGACAAGCAACAAAAUCCUUUGACUGCAGGACAAACACCAACCAUCACUGACAAUCCAAUUGCACCCAUAAGUGAAGUGACAGGAGGUCUCUCACGAACUUUUUCGAACAUGACAGCCCUUUUAAAGUUUAUGGAAGAUUUAUCCGCUGUACAAUUAGCUCGACCAUCUGUAAUUGUAAAUUUUGAAAUUGUCAAAACCUUGAGCUUGAAACAACUAAGUCUAUUCCCUCCGUCCAACAAUGAAGGUCUAGGAAAAACACUUCUUCAACUACUAUCACAACCACAACCAAACAAGGAAACAUUUUGGCCAAUUCCAGAGAACUAUUUGCCAAGCGCAAAUAUGACAGAGCUUCCAACACGAAGGGCUCAACCAUCCAUUUCCCUUCUUUACACUGAAAAGAAUGACAUUUUAUGGACCAUGGCUUUUAACAAAUUCCCAAUUUAUGACAUUUUUGACAUUAAUGUCAAUAGCCCAAUCGGAAAAUAUGUGAUACAACAUUCUAGUCGAGAGGGUUGCUAUAAGGCAUUUGUGACAAACAGUACUCCAAGUAAUUAUGGAUUUGGAGAGAGUUUUGGAUUUUUAAAGCGCAUCACCAUACCGCUACCAACAGGAGACUAUGAAAACAAAAUCCAUUUUUAUUUAUUGCCCUAUAAUUACAUGAGACUGUUCUAUCUAAUGAAUGAAUAUGUCAAUACUCACAAGUCACAGCCAUCCUCAGCAUGGAUUCAACAAUUUCACAAAUUUGUGCAGAAUCUGCCUCCAUACUAUAUCAAACCCUUGAAAAUAGCCAUGAACAAGUGGUUUAAUGGAAGUUUUAAUCAUUUUCCAGAUGUUCCAUCAGAACUACCAAUCUCGUUACAGACCUAUUACAAGCAAUUAGUGGAAGAAGAAAAACGGUUUAACAAAGAACUAGAUGCAGAAAAUGAAAAUGCAGGAGGCACUCCUUUUAGUAGCAGCACUGACGUUGAAUUUACUGAUGCAACAUCUGGAGCAGCCCAACGAGACACAUCUGUAGCUACAUCCAACAAAAAGCUUAUUAUACGAAAUCCAUUCGAUAUUGACCGAUCUAAUCUAUUGAAACAAUUCAAGACCAUGAGUUCCCAUCUCUUUAACAUGGAAUUACACGAGAUGGAGGAUGAAAUUGACAAAUCAAAGUCUCUCGAUGAACACUUACGACAACUAUCCAAAGAAGAAAUUAUCAAGCACUCCAUUCCUGUUUCUCAAAUGGGCAAUUUCGACAAGGUUCUCACGUCGAAAGAAACAUUGCGAGAUCCAUUCGAUACCCAGAAACAAAAACAACUUACUUUUGGAAGUCCAUAUCAAAAGAAGAAGGUUAAAAAGAUGAGAUCUAUUCUCAUUCAUGCACCCUUGCUGUUGGACAAGCUGGUAGAUGAGUCUGAAAUGGAUAUUCAACGAAAGGAAGAAGAAGAAUUAAACGAACGUGAAGCGCAAACCCCAAUCAUUAUUGAUGGCUCGUCAUUGAAACCAGAGUCAGAUAUUGUUCCUCCAUUGGCAAGAACGGAUACCAUACCCAAUGACGAAAUCACAACUCCAUCAGAGCAAGUUGAAGCCAUGCUCUCCUUCACACCAGAGAAGGAAAACAAAGUUGCAGAAGAAGCUAUCAGCAAUGGUGGAAUUGUGAGUGGUGAAGAUGAAUCGCUACUACCGACACCUGUCAUGGAGAAUACAUUCACUUCUGCAUACUCCAUGGAUACCGAUACAUUUUUGACUCUUAACAAGUCACCACCAAAUGUCACCAGUGCAUCAUCCUCCACAGUCGCAGGUGCUGGAAAGGCAGCCAACUUUAGACCACCCUCAACAACUCGAAAAACCAAAGUUAAUCCGCAAAAAGAGCAAGCUCAAAUAUUGAUUGAUAGCUUCCAAGGUGCAACUGAAGCUCUCAAACUCAUUUCCCAGUCCAAUGACCACUUAUUGAAUGCUAUCGUGGUACGAUCACUUCAAGUGGAUCAAAUAGACGGUAAACGGAGGCAACAAUUAGACAACAUUCGAGCAAGUGUAAAGAAACGAAAACGCGGGCAACGAAAAGACAAUGAAGAUACCAUGAUGCUGGAAGAACGAGAAAUUGUCACUGAAGUGAAAAAGGUUCAUUUUCCCAACAAGGAAACGAAAAUUGCAUUCAUUAAGGAAAUUAUUUGCAUGGCAGCCCAAUUUAAAAAGCUAAAGUUGGCUCAAAUGCUAACAGAGGAAUUAGCCCCACAAAUGGUGGUGAAUAAUAAUUCUUCUACAUUGUAG